UUUCCCAACUUUGGUUGGCAUUUCAUUGGGCUUCUAUAAUUAUUACAUUGACCCAAAUAGAUAUUUGGUAGCUCAUUCUCAAUAAUAUGGACCCGAUAAAUAAUUUAAUUAAUCGCACAUUAAUUAAAUAUGCCAAUCAAUUACACGAAUUUUAUUCGUUAGGAAAUUCGAAUACAUAUCAAAUUCCAAAUUCAAGUACAUCCGGGUGCGGUGUCACACUAGAUCUCCUAAAACCCCCCACCCCUACAUAGUGUGAGGGUGAGAAGAGGUUUUUAUUCGAUCUACUCUAUGCCAAAAUAACCAAGUAUAAAUACUUAGCACAUCUAGAGUUUCUAAAAAUACAACAGUGCCGUCAAAGCCGGCACAAAUAACAGAGGCUAAACCAUCUAAACAACUCUAAUGUGUCAUAGCAAUGCAGCCACCAGUCGAGGCCACUGCCUCGUGACGCUUCAUCCAUGAUGUCCAUUUCGCGUUGUACGAAGUCAACAUGCCGCGACAUCCAUAAAGUCCAUGCCGCGGCAUAAAGGAAAAACACACGACAAUGUCCAAAGUCUUCAAUGCAGCGGGAAGCACCAACUAAGCCCUUGGUCUAAAAAAGUUAUCAAGUCAUGUGGGUAUAUGUUGUAGAGUAGCUUAUAUACCACAUACGUGACCUUCACAACGAUUUCUUCCUCUUUAAUGUCUUUCUCAUCAAAUCUGUUUGCGUUUCUAGCGUGCCAUAAGUAGUACACUGUUGCACCGAACGCAAUCCGAACAGCCUUCCCCUUUAUUUUUGAGCCCUUGUGUUCUUUCAAGAUCCUAUUUGACCGAGCUGCUUAGCGUGGACAUCUUGCGUGUCAAUCCCAAUCAUUCUUUAAUUCUCUCCCAAACCCUACAAGUGUAAGAACAACCAAAGAAUAGGUGUGGCAUUGUUUCCAAGCCACCCUUGCAAAGGUCACAUCGAUUAACGAUAUGUAGGUAACCGAGGUUAUCCUGCGUAGGUAAUCGAUUCCUCAAGGCAAGCCUAACGUUGAAGGAGAAUUUGGCGUCCCUUUCACUCUCAACAACUCAUAGAUUUUUCCCGACAGGAGUUUACCAUUUUCGGAUCUAGAGUUAAGGCCCAUCACGGCAUCAUUUAAGUUAUUAAAACAACUCAAAAUACGGUCGCGGAUGUGACUCAAUUUCUUCAUGAAAAUCGAGUCACGAUUGUGUGGGAUAAAAUCCCACACACUCCUACCCUGAAGGUAAACCCCAUUGACCCACCUUACCCAAAGAGUAUCCUUUUUCCUAUGGACAUCCCAAAGCGUACGAGAGAGGAGAGCAUAGUUCCAAAUUUUGGCAUUAUGAAUGCCUAGGCCCCCCUCCUCUUUUGGUAGACAAAUGUCAUCCCAAGCCACUUUAGAGAAUUUUCCACCCCACAAGAAGACUCUACAGAUAGAGACUAUCCUAUCCAAGAUAGUUUGGGGCACCGGAAACACUUGGAGCCAAAAAGAUUGGACCCCUUGGAUCACCGAUCUAAUCAACUCAAGCCUACCGGCAUAGGACAAGGUUUUUGUGUUCCAAGUCUUUAAAAAAUCAGAAAUGGUAUCAAUCAAUGGUGCAUAUUGAGCAACCGAUAUUUUUAGCGGGGCGAGAGGGAUUCCAAGGUAUUUAACUGGAAACGUCCUUCGCCCAAAAUCCACAAGGGCCAUUAUCUCCGAAAGAUCCAUUUCAUUCACACCCCCCAAAAAGAUGUUGGAUUUAUCAUGGUUCACCAUUAGGCCCGAUGUGUCCCCAAACUCCAUAAGGGCAUUGGCAAGUACCUUGAUAGAAUACGUGUCACCCCGUGAGAAGAGAAUUAAAUCAUCCGCAUAGGCCAAGUGUGAAAUAUGAAGUUUAGCGCAUUGGGGAUGAAAAUUAAAAUUUGGCCCUUUGGUUUUUUGAUUAAUAAGACGAGAAAAAUAUUCAAGUCAAAGGACAAAAAGAAGCGGAGACAUUGGAUCUCCUUGGCGAAUACCUAUUUUGCCCUUAAAGUGACCGUACAAACAUCCAUUCAAAGAUACGGAAAACGAAGCCGUGGUUACGCACUCCAUAAUCCAACCAACAAAUCUAGCGGGGAAGCCCAAACCCCUUAAGACCUCAUCAAGAAAUUCCCAAGAGAUCGUAUCAUAUGCCUUACGCAAAUCUACCUUGAUCAUACAUCUAGGGGAAGCCCAAACCCCUUAAGACCUCAUCAAGAAAUUCCCAAGAGAUCGUAUCAUAUGCCUUAGGCAAAUCCCCCUUGAUCAUACAUCUAGGUGAGAUCCAUUUCAUUCACACCCCCCAAAAAGAUGUUGGAUUUAUCAUGGUUCACCAUUACGCAUUCACCUAUUUCUCAUCAGGAGAAUUCAUCAACAAGAGAAAAAAAGACACGUAUCUUGGCUUCACCAUCCACUGAAAAGGAACUAUGAAACUUUCACGUGAGAAAUCAAGUGCAAAAUUUGUUUCAGAUUCACUAGUCACCAAAAUGAAAGAAAUCAAUGUUAUCUCAUUCACAUGACGCGCACAUCUGUGUGGGAAGAAGGUUGUUCGGGGGAGGGGGGAGCGGAUUAAUUAAUGGUGAUAAAGAAAAUCAAGGUCAUAGUUGAUGAAGAAAUCAAAACUAACAUUAUUUUACGGAAGAGCCGGUCCUAGGCCUAGGGAAACCCAGGCAGUCAUCUCCAACCUCCUUCAAGACAUGAUAUUCCAGUCGUUUCUUCUUCAACAGCAAAAAGUUUUGGAAUAUGGUGACAUUCUCUACGCAGUGAAAGAUCGAAUCAAAGGUUUUUCUAUGCUUCCGGUCUUUUUUAAUUUCUAUUUUCGAGGAUUUUGGUCCGGCUUCUUCAUUGGCCGAGAAUUUUUUUCGCUUCAUGUGAGCGCGUGAUAUGUUAUUCUACUAACAAUGUCUAGAGGUUAUGUGUUUCUAAUCAGUGUAGUCGAUCUGGUGAAUUUUCGUUGUUCAUGAUUGGUAAAGUUUUUUCUACCUUGUUUUUCUGGUGCUUCAAUUACUCGCCCACCACCUGAACCACCGCCUCACUUGGAUCUCCUUGGAUCUCCUUUUCACUGGAUGGUCAAACCGAUGAUUCAGAAAAUUUCUACUCGACUGAUUUUCCUUUUUUGAUUGCUGGUCAAACCAAUUCUCUCUUUCCGGUGGCUGGUAAAGCCAAAUCUUUUAGUUGUAAUUUUUUAUUUUCUCUUUGGAGUAGCAAUAAGACAAGGCUGUUAGACUAGACUACAUUAUUGUGGGUUUAGCGAUCUCGAAGGAUUCAUUGGAUCUUUUCUGUUCUAUGUCUCGUCUCAUUAUUAGCCUUAGACUAUUCCUUUUCUUGAAUCCUUGCUAUCUUUUAAUAAUAAAUUAGUUAUUUGACUGUCAAAAAAAUAACAUACAAGAAAAAUUGUGGAGAAUAUACGGCUAACAAGCUGCGCUCCGAUCCAUCAUCGAAUACAAAAUCUCUAGACAAUGCGACAAAAUCCCUAGACAACGCGAAGAAAGGCAGAUACAAAACAAACUGAAAACACUGAUUUAAUUUUUUUGGAAACAAUUGGAAAUAAGUACUUCACAAUACAACACAAUUAUCAUGCAACUAUAAGAACGUAAUUGUCUAGUAUUUAUAUAAUAAAACAAUGACCAAAGCAGAAUCACUAAAUACGUACAAUUGGAGGUGCUCGGCGUUUAGCGCUCGGCGAUCGUGCUUCCCUGCAGAUUCCACGGCGUCGGUGACUGUCAUACACUGGCGUCGGGCUGUUCUUUGGCUAGCCCUGUAGUCGCAGCAAAGGAAACAAAGGCUGGGUGUUGAGGCGGCCCGAUUCGAAGGUAUCAGGGGACAUAAAAUUUGGUGAAUUCUGGGGCGAUUGCUUUGUCUCCAAGUUGUGGACGUGGGCUAGGUUAUCCCUAAUGGAUUUUCCGGCGGUGAUGUUUGUUCGCUAGGUCUGGCAGUGUGAGUAUUCAAUGAGUAUUAUCAGUCGGAACUGUCGUGGGCUUGGAAAUCCGGCAACAGUACAAUGUAUGGCGGGCAUAAUUCAAGCUCAUCGUCCGUCUGUGAUUUUCCUUAUGGAAACUAAAAUUCGUUGUCAGCGGGCAAAGGAACUGUUCCGGGCUCAAGGCUUCUCCCAGAGUGUAGGGGUGGACAGUGUGGGGCUGAGCGGAGGGCUGAUGGUCGGGUGGAACGAAGAUUUGGAAUUGAAUGUUAUCCAGUGUCAUUCUAAUGUUAUUGAUACUACUGUCAGACUAGCUCCGAAUGAUUAGGUAUGGAGGCUCACCUUUUUCUAUGGAUUCCCGGAAACUGUAAGAAGAAGAGAGACAUGGGAUCUACUUAAAGGAUUGAGUGAAAAUAAUGCCCUACCAUGGAUGAUAUUAGGCGAUUUUAAUGAUAUUUUGUAUGACUGUGAGAAAAAGGGGAGCAUCCCUCACCCACCCUGGCGAUUGAGAGGUUUUGGGGAGGCGGUGACAUCUUGUGGGUUUAGGGACUUCCCUUUUGACGGAUAUCAAUGGACUUGGAAAAGGGGUAAAGGCACGAACUACUGGGUGGAGGAGAAACUGGAUAGAGUACUUGUUUAUGAUGACUGGUGGAACAAGUAUACGACGACACAGGUUUUUCGGUGAAAGCCCCAGUGUACGACCAUAUGGCUUUAUGGGUUACAAUAAUUCCUGCAACUAUUACCCGGAAAGCAAAAAUAUUUAAAUUUGAAAAUAACUGGCUAAAAGAAGAGGAAUGCCGUACGGUGGUCUCCAAUAGCUAGAACACGAGCUCUCAUCUCACAGUCAGUGAGAGAAUUCUGUUCUGUGGGAACGAACUUUUGAGAUGGGAUGGGUGCAGAUAGAAUGGUUUCCAGCAACAAAUUCAGGCAUGUAAAAGACGGCUGGCAUGGUUACGGGGUAGAGAUGAUUGGAGGAGCACGAAUGAAUUUCUAAGGGUCCGCUCUAUGCUUUAUUCUUUGAUGGAGAAGGAAAAUCAAUUCCAGAAACAGAGGGCAAAGGAAUUCUGGCUAAAAGAGGGAGAUAUAAACUCUCGAUUUUUCCAUAAUGCGAUUAAAAACAGAUGGAGGAAGAACAAAUUGUUCGGGCUAAAGAGGCCGGAUGUAUCAUGGUGUACUGAUAGAAUUCAGAUGGGGGAAAUGGUUAGGAACUACUUUGAGCAUUUAUUUGUGCAAGGGGAGAGUACACGGGUGGCGGAUUGUUUCAGGGAUUUUGGACAGAUCACGGCGGAGAAGAUGAACCGGCUACUACUACGGGAUAUCAGCCCCGAGGAAGUGAGGUUGGCUAUUUUUGAUAUGCAUUCUGAGAAUGCUCCAGGAUCGGAUGGUAUGAACCGUGCUUUUUUUCAAAAAUAUUGGGUUAUUGUUGGGCUGGAAAUAUCUAGGCUUUGCUCUAAUAUUUUUACGACAGGAAUUAUCCUGAGAGAACUUAAUGGAACAAAUCUUGUUUUAAUUCCUAAAAAAGAUAAGCCUGAGGAUAUGGGGGAUUGGAGACCUAUUGCGUUAUGUAACGUGGUUUAUAAAAUUUUCUCUAAGGUUUUAGCUAACAGAUUAAAGGUCUUGUUGAGAAAUCUUAUUGGAGAAAACCAUAGUGCUUUUGUUCCGGGCCGGUCCAUUGUGGAUAAUGUAGUUGUUGCUUUUGAAACUCAACAUUUUUUGAAAAGAAAAUGUAAUGGCAAAGAGGGGUAUGUUGCCUUGAAACUUGACAUGAGCAAAACUUAUGAUAGAGUGGGCUGGGACUUUUUGCGUGUGAUUAUGAUCCGUAUGGGCUUUGAUAUGAGAUGGGUGAAUAUGAUUAUGGAAUGUGUAGCGACGGUCAACUACUAUGUACAGUUUGAGCGGGAUUUUUUGGGCUCAAUCAUCCCUGGGCGCGGCUUGAGGCAAGGGGACCCCUUGUCUCCUUAUCUCUUUAUUAUGGUUGCGGAAGGGCUGAGCGCCUUACUGAAGAAGGCGGAGGCCCGGGGCGAUAUACACGGGGUGGAGGUGUGUAGGGGGGGCGCCUAGAGUCUCACACCUCUUGUUUGCAGAUGACAGUUUCCUGUUCUUCAGAGCUACUAGUGAGGAGACAAUGAUUGUUAAAAAAUAUUUUAUCCAUUUAUGAGGAGAAUUCAGGGCAAACUGUGAAUUAUGUGAAGUCAUCUUUGUCUUUUAGUCAGAAUGUUGGGGAGCACUUUAAGGUAGCUUGUUGAAGCCUUUUUGGGAUUCCGAAGGUAAGGGGUCAAAGCCGGUAUCGAGGCCUACCAACACUUGUGGGAAGGAAUAAGUCUGCUAUUUUAGGCUACCUAAAAGACAAUUUUUUUAAUAGAAGUAAGAACUGGAACAACAAAUUUUUAUCCAGAGUAGGUAGAGCGGUUCUAUUAAAAAAUGUGGUUCAGGCUAUGCCUAACUAUGCCAUGAAUGUGUUUCUUCCCGAAUAAUUUGUGUGACAAAAUUGAGAAAUUAAUGAAUGACUUUUGGUGGAGGGGCACAAAAUUUGAGCAAAAGGGCUUGAGGUGAAGAAGAUGGGAGGUUCUUUGUAAGCCGAAAAACUUGGGGGGAGGGGGGGGGGGGCUAGGCUUUCGAAGAAUAAGUGAAUUUAAUCUGACAAUGUUAGCCAAGCAGGGAUGGAAGCUGGUGUCGGAACCAUCCCGUCUGAUGUGCGGAGUGCUGAAGGCUAGGUAUAUUCCGAACUCGGACUUUUUACAUGCUCAAGUUGGGAAUAACCCUUCUUUCAUUUAGCGUAGUAUUUUUGAGACACAACCUGUUUUCAAAAAUAAUAUCCAAAGGAUAGGGGUCGGGAAGAGUCACUUCUGCUAAACUGCCAGGGAUUAGAGACAUGAAUGUUGCAGCACUGCGUGAUAUCACAGGAAAGAAGUGGAAGAGAGAGAGAGAAUUGCUAAUAUUUUUAAUGAAGAAGAUAGGAGGAAGAUUCUGAGUAUCCCUAUUAGUUCUUAUGACACGAAAGAUGAUUAUUGGUGGAAUGGGGAGAAUAGUCGCAUGUUUUUUGUCAAGAGCUGUUACCGAUUACUUAUAGGGGAGCUGUAGACUGGAAAUGGGACUAACUGGGCGCGGCUAUGGGAUUUGUAUAUUUCGCCGAAACUUAAAUUUUUUGCUUGACAGGUUAUUGAUAGCUCUCUCCCUACGGUUGAUAAUUUGCGGAAAAAAGGAGUACAGGUACACGAAGGGUGCAAGGCGUGCGGAGAUGAUAACGAGAUGACAGAUCACACGUUUUGUUUAUGUGAUCAAGCAAAGGUGGUCUGGAGACAUGUGGGAGUUGAUCUGGGUUAUCCAGCGGACUUUGUGACUACAUUGAUCUAGCAGCACCUGGGAGGAACACAUGAGGAAGAUCAAUGCAGAUUCAUUGCUAUUCUAUGGAGCCUCUGGAAGAGAAGGAAUGGAUGUGUCUGGAAAGAUAGGUGGCAAUGGAUUGCGGGGGUUCUCAAUGCGACGGCAGGUAUAAUAUCAAGCUGGAGAGAUGCUCAGGAUGCUGGGCAAACGGAGCAGGUAAAGGAAAGGAGCUAGCUCCUUGACAGUUUGGAAAAGACCGCAACAUGGCUAUGUCAAAAUUAAUGUGGAUGUGGCGGUGGACGAGGACAAAAAUAUUCGGGCCUGGAGGUGGGUUGUGCGAGACCACCAUGGAGACUUCAUUAAAGCGAAAGGGGCUUCAGAACUAGCUAAUUGGUCAGUAGCGGAAACGGAGGCGGUGGGUGUUCGGGAUGCUUUGAUUGGGGCGGUCGAAGCAGGCUGGUCACACGUGGAGAUUGAUACUGAUGCGCUCUCGGUGGUCCAGGGUCUCAAAAAUGGGGGAUGAUCCUCUUAUCUUUUCCUUAUUCUAGAUGAUAUUAGAAAUUUGUUGAAAACAAAGAGUAAUUUUGUUGUCUCUUUUUGUAAGCGAUCUGCGAAUCGUGUUGCCCAUGCGUUAACAAGAGCACAUGUUGUUAUCUCAGAUCAGUCCUGUUGUUAUGAUUUUGUUCCGGACUCUAUUGUAAGCC